AUGGUGAGGGUAACAGCAAGACUUCUCAAUGUUAUUUUAUCAAUAUUGCUAUUCGUCAGCGUGCUUGUUAUUUUGAGUAAUUUCAAUGGUAAAAAUGAGCUCGACGUACCGAAGACAUUCCAAGAUGCAACCCCUCCUCCACCAACAGGCGAUUUCAUGUCAGAGCGAAUUAGCUUGAAGAGAAAUUAUGUAUCCAAUCAUCCUAUUGCACGACCUCCACGAAGAAUGAUUGAAUUUUACAAGUUACAAGUAUCUCAACGUCGUGCAUACCUCGAUGCUACUAUUGAAUCAAUGUCAAAAAAUUACAUGUAUCUCUACAACAAUUUAGCUCCAGAGGCCUAUUGCCCCGAGCUGGUGCGUGUCGGCACGACGAACGAUGGCGGAAAAUGGAUUUGCAGUCCGUUU